UUCAUAUUCAUCCAACAUUCCAAGGCUCCUUCAAUUCUCUCAUCAACAUUCCAACGGUUUUGCUUUCUCCCUCUGCAAAAAGUUUUGGAAUUUGGAUCGAUGGCUGCUUCUGGUGCAUCAUUGGACCUGAAUUGGCUUCUGGGGUUGCUUGGUUUGGGAGAAAAGGGAGCAUCCAUUUCUGAUCGUAGCAUCAAAACAUGGCUUCAGAUAUUGUUCUUCACACUUGUGAUUGGAUUCUGGUUUCUGUUGUAUCACUUAGCAGAAGACACAGAAAGCAAUCACAGUGUGAAUGAGGUUGAUGAGUUUGAUGAAUUCGACAACGUUUACGAGUUAGACCAGUACUUUCAUGAGGAAGAUUGCCACCGGACAACCGUGUCCGGUGGCGGUGAUGGGAGGAGACACGGUGGCUGUGCCUUCUGUGGAAAUUUCGCCACCACAAGGUGCUCUCGCUGUAAGUCUGCUAGAUAUUGCUCUAUGAAAUGCCAAAUUAUACAUUGGAGAUCAAGGCAUAAAUAUGAAUGCCAUGAAUCAAAGGUUGCAACAGAUAAAACAGAAACAAGUGAUAAUGAAAGAAGCUCAAAGGUUGUUCAGAACUCUGAAAUGGAGAGUGCCUCUAAUGCUUCCACUGUUGAAGAUGGAGUUCUGUGGAGUCCAGAAUCAGAUAUGGCAGUGGAAGUUUCUAGUAAUAACCAUGUUAACAAUUUGCAUGGCUGCAAAGUAUGUGAUAAGCCAAGUACCACAAGAUGUUCACGAUGCAAAGCUGUGCAAUACUGCUCAGUGAAGUGCUUGAUCAUGGACUGGAAAUGGCAUAAAGUGGACUGCAUUGCAAGGGUUGAUUCAGCUCCAACACAAACACCCCACAGAGAUGGUGGAAUGCUGCAGAAUUCAUAUGAAGAGGAAGAUAAUGUUCAAUCACCUGGUCCUCUUUCUUUGGAGUGUCAUCCAGCAGGAAGCACAAGCUUCAAGUCUCCAACUGAAGUAUCAGAGGAUCCUUCCAACAAAGCGUUAUUAUAUGUCGAAGAUGAAGUAGCAAAGUCUAGGAAUGAGACUUUAUUAUUACAAUCAGAACUUGAUGAGUGGAAGAAUCUAGCAAAGUUUGAGAGAGAAAAAUUUCAAAGCCUCAAAAGACAAUCAAACUACCAGUUGCUUGUGUUGAAGAAGGAAAAAGAAUCAAUAUCAGAUGCUGAAAAGAAAGCCUACCAAGUGAUUCAUAGUUUAUAUAAAAGGCUAAACCACUUGCAGAAUGCAGUGCAAGAAAGCAAUGCAGAGAAGAGACAGCUAGAAGAACAUGUACAAUGUUUAGAGAGUGAAUGUGCUGACUUGAAGAAAGUACUGCAAGAGGAGCAUAAACGUGCUCAACGUCUUACAGUGGAAUCUGGCAAGAGUCAUGAAGCUGCAAAAAUAGCCAUGAAAGAAGUUGAAGCAGUAAGACAAGAGAUACAAGAAGAGAGAGAGCAUUCCCAACAUCUUAAGGAGAAUUUUCGCAGAGAUCUUAUAUUUGCUGAAUCUAGAGCUGCAAUUGCUGAGGAAAAACUCAGUGAUCUUUAUAGGAAAAUCAGAACGUCAGAUUAUAAGAUUUGUUCUGUAUGCCUCUCCAAUGACAAGGACUUGGCCUUUGGAUGUGGACACAUGACUUGCAGAGACUGUGGAUCAAAGUUAUCAAGGUGUCCUAUAUGCCGGGAACAGAUCACAAACUACAUCAAGCUGUUUCCUGGUUGAAAAAGUUUGUAUGCUCAUAUAGUAUUUUCUGUGUGCUCCAAAUAUAUAUAAUAGCAAAAUUAUACUAUGACUCUUAUUUUUUGACUUCUAACCUUUAUUCCCUGACGUGGUUUAAUGUAGACCAUUGAUUAAUGUACCACUAUAUUUUUCUUUGAAAAAAUCAAUGACUUGCACUAAGCCACGUCAGAGAAUAAAGAAUUGAAAGUCAAAAAAUAGAAGUAUCAU